AUGCCCAUUAAAUCCUUAGAAUCGUUCUUGUUCGAAAGAAAGCUUGUCAAUACCAGCUCUAUUGAAAUACUUAAGAAUGCCACCGUUGGAAUUGAUGUAGAGCAUUAUUUGAGUCGGAUUUAUACGUUCAAGAAAGAACAAUUCUUGUUCAGUGUUGGGGGGGUUCCUUCUUCCCUAGAAAGCUAUAUUCAAUCAGACUUAAAAGUAUUUAAAGAGUUCAAUAUCAGGCCAUUAUUUGUCGUACCUGGUUUACAUGUUAACUCCAAAGAAGGUCAAUAUGUAACGAAUGAGUUAUCUCAGCAAGAACAACACUUGGAAACUACAUGGAACAAGCUUUAUUCAAAACACUCUAGCCCCAAUGGAUCCAACUACGUUUAUCUGAGUGAGUCUUUCAGACUACAUGUCGAUCCCUUGCCCAUCCGUCCAAUGGUGAACGAUUUAGUCAAAUACUUCAUUAAGAAUGGAAUUGACUAUAUGAUUAGUCCUUACGACGCAUCUUUCCAAUUAUCUUAUCUUUAUCAGAAUGCACUCAUUGAUUCUAUCUACGGCUCAACUGAUGUGCUUCUCACGAAGAUCGAUAAAUUCAUUUUGGGUAUGGAGUUCCAAUCAAAAGACUUCAGAUAUGUCGAUAAACAAAAAGUGCUUAAUGAGUUGAGUUUAACCGAAAGACAAUUUAUUGACAUAAGUAUAAUGGUUGGAUGCUCUCCUCAACCGAAAACCUUCUCAAAUCUUCCUCCAUUGCCAAAACCCAACCCGAUGUCACCCUACCAGCAAAGUUAUUUCAAAUUGGCAUUGGAUAUCUUCUUUCAAUUUAGUUCUUUCACCGGAGGCUCUAAUGGGGAUUUUUUCGGGUAUAUUUCUGGCUUAAAUGAUCCUUCCUUGGUUGAGUUAUACUUCCGUGGACACGCAGCUAUAAAAUAUAUGCCCGUCUUGAAUAUUGAUGGAUAUGCGGGUUUAUAUUGCAACGAAAUGCAAAAAUUAGGAUUGGCCGACGACGUCGAUUUGUGUCAACCUGAGGAUCAAAUCCUUCCGAAAGAGAAUCAUGAACAAUCGAAUUUGAGUCUUAAGGUUCCUACCGAGAUCCACAAUGUUAUUUCGCAGAGACUUCCUCCUGAAAUUUAUUUAUAUCAAUCGCUAGGAUUGUUACCUUUGAAAUUUCUUGAGGCGAUUACUCUGGGAGUUUCAACUAUUCGGCCCCCUCUUGAAAGCGGCUUGGGUGAAGGGUACAAGAAGCUCAUAACAUGUGCCGAUACCAUAAACACCUGGGAUUAUCAAUUCAACUUGAUAACCCAGCUAUUGGCAAGAUAUUAUCAAGUCAAGAAAAUAGAGGUCGUAUAUUGGUUUCGGGAUGAGAAGUUAAUCUUGAAUAAUCGCCUAGUUCCGCCAGUAAGUACAAAGGUCAAUUUCCUCCACAUGAACUUACCUGAUACGUUCAAUUUGAAAGAUUUCCUCAAGCAGUUACCGCCAAGUUUUGGAGAAACUGCUGAAACAGAAGGAGGAUCUCUUUAUGACCCAUCCCUGGAUGGGAGCUUGGUAGCCACAUCACUUCUUAGAGCCUUGUUUGUCCAUAAACUCAUUGACAAUUCAACUAAUCUGGUACAAGCGCCAUUGAAAUUACUUCAAAGAUUCCUCGAAGCGAAUCCUACAAUUCCUGGUGAGUAUCUUGAGGAAAUUUCAUUGCUUGUUUUAUUGUUAAGCAGUGGGAGCUACAAUUUGUUUUUAAUUGAUCGCAGCUACCCUAGUGUUCCAAAAAGCUUUAAGAAUCCUGGGGCCGACGAGGACUUGUUGCUGGAUGAGGUUAGACAAGUUGCGCUCGCUUCAAGGAUUUUUUCUUUGCACAGAUUCAACAUUCAUCCCAUCAAUUAUCAAGGGCCAAUAUCUAGAAGCUUGCUCAAUUUCAGAAGUCAUUUGACUUUUGUAAAGGAACUUUUAGUUACAUCUAUUGAGACAUGUCUUGUUGAUUUGGUCGCACGGCAAGAAUCGGUCAAGUUAAAACAUCAAUCCAGAGAUCUGUGGUAUAACUUGAUUGAUCAAUUGCCUUUUUACUCAGAUCUAAACAACACUUUGCUUGGAGUCGUCUAUGAGGUAUAUUUGGAGAAUUGCAUCAAACGCAUGAAAUUGACUCUGUCAGUGGAGGAACUGAUCGCAACUUCAAAAACUUAUUUGUUGGAUCAAAUUUUGCAAGUGAACAAUCCGUCCUUUAAUAUCAAUCUUAGCAGUAUUAACAGCGUCACUCCUGAGCAAUUUUCGAAUGAUUUACAUUCGGGUAUCAAAUUGUGGGAUUACUUUGUGGAGAUUUCGAAGAUUGCAGUUGAGAUGAAUGUUUUCGUGUCCGAGACUGAUCUCAAAUUAAUUCAUGACACCAAUGAACUUGUGCAUCAAUUUGCAAACGUAUAG